GAGAGAGAGAGAGAGAGAGAGAGAGAGAGAGAGAGAGAGAGAGAGAGAAAGGCAGCGUGUCAGGGCUGCUGUAGCUCAGAAAUAAAGUCAGGCAACUAUCUGGAUCACUAUGACUCUUUUAACACUUGGACUGUAUCUGCCACUGUGGUUUUGUUAUGGCCUGGCUCAGUCCUCUUUUCUGGACACCUUUAUUCCAUUCCCUGCAGCUCUCAGAACCGAGGAGCAGCAGAGGAGAUUCAGCCCAUGCUGUUUACUGAGUCCGCCUCCACCCCCACUGUUUCCUCCACCCCCUGCACUUUGGCGCCGCGACACUCAUAAUGAAGACAUUCGUGGUGGUGAGUCAGAGCCGGGCAAUGAGGCCUGCGUCCGAGGCCCCCGCGGACCUGCUGGUCCCUCUGGCCCUCAGGGUCCACCUGGAUUACCUGCAAUAGAAGGGUCCAAGGGAGAAAAGGGAGAAAUCGGAAGACCUGGGCAAAAGGGUCGGACAGGUCCUCCUGGACUUCCUGGGAAACAGGGACCAGCUGGAUGGCUUGGACCAAGUGGGCCCAAAGGUGAGAAAGGUGACCACGGACUGAUGGGUCUGUCUGGAGCCAGAGGACCAAUUGGGCCACGGGGUUUACCUGGGUAUAAAGGGGAAAAGGGUUCUCGAGGUGAUCGUGGUGAAGGUGGAGUGAAAGGCGACAAGGGUGCGAUGGGUUUCCCAGGAAUGCUUGGACAGAAAGGUGAAAUGGGUCCAAAAGGAGAACCUGGGAUCUCAGGAAACAGAGGACCCACUGGCCGACCAGGGAAGAGAGGAAAGCAGGGAGGGAAAGGAGACACGGGCAGUGUUGGUCCUAUGGGACCUGCAGGCCCACAGGGAACUCCAGGCCACCCUGGUCCUCCUGGUUCACCUGCCACAGGACUGUACAUGGUUGGAACAAAGGGUGCACGUGGUUCACCAGGGUCUCCUGGAAAGUGUAGCUGCAGCCCUCUCAGUAAUUCUGCAUUUGAUGAUUAUCCUUCCAGAGGAAACUAUCUCAAAGUACCGGCGAUAUUCGUUGUAAGCAAUGAGGAAGAACUGCAGCGCCUGCACACAGAUAAUGCGCUUGCAUUCCGCAAAGACCAGAGAUCUCUCUAUUUCAAAGACAUUGAUGGCUGGCUGCCAAUCCAGACUUUUCCAUUCCAGUUGACGCCGUACCAGUCCAUGGAAAACGCACCUGAUGAUGAAGGUUACUGCGGUGACGGGAUUGUGCAGAUUUCCAGCGGGGAGGAGUGUGAUGACAGCAACAGAGUCGUCACUGACGGCUGCGUCAAGUGUAAACACGCUUACUGUGGAGACGGAUACCGCUAUGAGGGGGCUGAGGAGUGUGAUGGAAAGGACUUUGGAUACCAGACAUGUAAUUCAUAUCUUCCAGGGUCAUACGGUCACCUCAAGUGCACACCACACUGUGUUAUUGACUCCACAAACUGCAAGUACUUCACCUGAGGAGGAAGCUGGACAGUGCAGCGGGAUCCUCUGUGUGUUAUUUGGAAUAUUUUCAUGCAAAAAAAAGAUCAAUCAUGCUCCAAGGAAGAGACUCUGAAGGUAGAGGCAGCCAAUGGUUCUAUGAUGAAAGAAAAAAAAACUAAACAUAUAUUACAUAUAACUCGUCUGUAUUGCUGCUGAAAUGCCACGUAGCUCCCCGGAGUUAUAGUCGGUGAGCGGAGGUGAAAAACCUUCACCCACACUUAGGAAAUGCACAGGACAACUGCACUCAGUCUUAACAAGCAGGACUUAAGACUGGCCUCGUCACCAUGAAUCAGCCUCUGGAUGCAACAGUUGUGCGACAGCCAUGCCGAGACUUAAUUAAGUGCCAGUGGGAGAUGUUGCAGAGGAGCAGUAGCCUGUCCAGAGGAGUAUUAAUCUUGACCCAGUUACUGCUGAGAAAGAGAGGCAGUAGGACAUCCAGAGCCGUGGCCUCAGGUAUUCUACUGCAGCGUCAAUGACAUUGCACAGCAUUUGCAUGAGGCUGGGAUUACUGAGACCGUGACAGCAGCUGUCACUAUCCAAGCAUGUAACCCGUCACUUUACCUACUAUUGCCCACGACCAGGCCCGGACUGUGUAGUCUCAAUAUCACAUCAAGAAUUUCAGUUGUAAAAGGUAAAGCCAGGCAUAUAGUAAGAUCAAUAUGUACGGUUCGGGAUGGCGGUGCAUGAAUUAUGCCGACUUGGCUUCCUCAGCUUGUGGUGGUACCGUGCUUGACAGAGACAUUCAGUCUGGACAAGGUUUCAUAAAUCCCUCCAAAAACUUCUCAGGAACCAACAGGUAAUGUAGCUCCAAACAGCACCUUUCACAGGCACCAAACCCCCCCAAAUGCUCUCUUUGUAAAUUAAAUGGCAGUGACUGUACGCUGUAGCGCACAGGUUACUCAAGUGUCUUCCCUGUGCUUCAGUGAGAAAUGAAAUAUACUGUAAGUGAAGGCUUGAAACUGUUAAAUACGUUCUUAAUUUUCUCACUGCACAGGAAAGGCUGGGAUAGUCUGUAGCUGCUCAAGGGGGAGGAAUUUCACUUCCAGUCCGUCCUAUGGUCAUGUAUUUACUCUAAUACCUCUUUAUCUUUGUCUCUUCUGUCUUACAGUAUAUACAGCAACAGAGAAACGCAACAGUAAACUUAACAGUGUAGAUGUAGUCUGCUGUAUGUUUGGCACCAAUGGUGAAAAUGACUUGCCAAUAUAAGCUGACAUUUUCCAUAAGCUACUGUAUGAGUGGCAGUGCCAAGGGAGACCUGUUCUCAGCCAUACUUCGAUGUAGUCAGGUGUUAUAAAGUGAGAUAAAGACUGUUACUAUAUCGUCUCCGCAUGCUUGUGAUACCGUGCUAAUGAAUAUGAAACGCUUCCUCUUUGUUUUGUAAAUCCUCGCAUUCAUCAGCGUAGCAGGUGUCUUAAGAAAUGUCAGUCUUGCUCUGCCUAGAGUGUAGCUACUGUAUGUAUGACACACCUAAUAUGAUAGUGAUGAAUUGUGCCACGCACAAAGCUGAAAUACCUUUCGGAAGCUAUGUUGAAUGUUCUGUAUGUGGCCUGUGCUGCUGUGCUGUAUCCUGUAUUGUGUAUGCACAACAAUGCUGAAACAUAACAUGCAUGUGGUAACGUUCUGUAAAGGCUUUAUGAAAUAUUGUAUGCACUGUGACUGGGAUAGUGAAAGUUCAUUUUUGUUUUAUUACUCUGGUAUGAUUUAUACAGUAGUUGUGGAUAAUUAAAAAAAUAAAUAAAACAGGAAUUUAAAUCA